GCACUGUUACACGCAGUGCUAAAGCCUUGGGGAUACCAAAAAGCUGGGUAGGAGAGGUUUAGCGCGGUCACGUUGUUUCGUCUUGUAGCCUCUCAGCGCGGGCUGAUAACCGCUGAAUUUUUCUUUCUUUAGCGAUCUUUCAAUCCAAUAUCUGAGACCGUUCUGGGCUUGUUUGCCGCUCGAUUGCGGAGUAUACUCUCGUCUAGGGCCGCCGGGCGGAUCUUUCAAGCGACGAGAAAGAAUGCAGCUGUCUGCUACCAGCGGCAGGACCUCCUUCAGGGUGUCGCAGGACCUGAGGACUGGGCCAGCCAAUUUCCUGUCCGGGCUGCGCGACGAUGAUUCCCUGCUGCGCCAGGUGUUCUUCUCCAUCCUGCGCCACCACCAUCCAAACCUGGCUGCAAAGGUGGAUGUGAUCUACGCUCUGAGCCAGGCCUGGUGCACUAGCCAGUCCGACAACGACUUCGAACUGAUGGUCAAGUACGUGAGCGACCUCAAGCCCGAGGAGCGCAUCCUGGUGGCCUCCUCCUUCAGUCACAUGCUCAACCUGCACAACCUCACGGAGGAGGUCAACAGCAGCCAGAUCGGCCGCGCAGUGCGCCUGGGGGAGAUGGACUCCCCCACCCGCGACACCAACCACUCGCUGCUCAAGCUCACCACCACCAACGGCUUCACGCCGCAGCAGGUGUACGACACGCUGUGCUCCCAGACCGUGGAGCUGGUGCUCACUGCUCACCCCACCCAGGCUCUGCGCGCCAGCUUGCUGAAGAAGUACGCCAUCGUGCGCCGCGAGCUGGACACGCUGCACAGCAAGCGCAUGAGCGAGUACGAGAAGAUAGAGACGCUGGAGGCCAUCCGGGCCGCGGUGCAGGCCGCCUGGCGCACCGACGAGAUCCGCCGCUCCAAGCCCACGCCGCAGGACGAGAUGCGCUCGGGGCUGUCGUACUUCUCCACCGUCAUCUUCGACGUGGUGCCUGUGUUCCACCGGCGUGUGGACACGGCGCUGGAGAAGCUGGGCCUGCCGCGACUGCCGCUGGACCGCGCGCUGUUCAAGUUUGGCAGCUGGAUGGGCGGCGACCGCGACGGCAACCCCAACGUGACGGCCGAGACCACCCGCGAUGUGGUGGUGCUGGCGCGGCUGGAGGCGGUCAACGUCUACUUCCGCCAGGUUGAGGGCCUGAUGUUCGACCUGUCCAUCUGGAGGUGCAGCCCCGAGAUGAAGGAGCUGGCCGAGCGGCUGGCGGCGGCGGAGAGCCGCGACGCGGCGCGGGUGGCUGAGGAGCGCAAGCGGCGCAACUACGUGGACUUCUGGGCGCCCAUCCCGCCCACCGAGCCCUUCCGCGUGGUGCUGGCGCACAUGCGCGACCGCCUCUACAACACACGCCAGGUGCUGCACCAGUGCCUCAUCCACACGCACAUGAGUGUGCGCGGCGCGCUGGAGGAGGCGGGCGCCUACGUGGACAUCGAGGACAUGGCGCGGCCGCUCAAGCUCAUGUACGACAGCCUCAUGAGCACAGGCGACGAGUCCGUGGCCAACGCCCGACUGCUGGACCUGCUGCGACAGAUCCGCACCUUCGGGCUGUGCAUGAUGGGCCUGGACGUCCGCCAGGAGUCCACCCGCCACACGGAGGUGAUGGACGCGGUGACCACCUACCUGGGGCUGGGCAGCUACGCCUCCUGGGACGAGCCCAAGAGACUGGCCUUCCUGCUGGGAGAGCUGCAGGGCAAGCGGCCUCUGAUGCCGCCCGGCAUGGACAUGAGCCCGGAGGUGAAGGAGGUGGUGCGCACGCUGCGCAUACUCAGCGAGCUGCCGGGAGACAGCCUGGGCGCCUACAUCAUCUCCAUGGCCAAGACCGCCAGCGAUGUGCUGGCAGUGGUGCUGCUGCAGCGCGAGACGGGCGUGCGCCCCGCGCUGCGUGUGGUGCCGCUGUUUGAGACGCUGGACGACCUGCAUAACGCGCCCGGCACCAUGACCACCCUGCUGGGCAACGACUGGUACCGCGGCCACAUCAACGGCGUGCAAGAGUGCAUGAUCGGCUACAGCGACAGCGGCAAGGACGCGGGCCGCCUUGCCGCCGCCUGGGCGCUGUACGAGACGCAGGAGAAGCUGGUGGAGGUGGCGGCGGGCUGCGGGGUCCGCCUGGUGCUGUUCCACGGCCGCGGCGGCACCGUGGGCCGCGGCGGCGGCCCCACCCACAUGGCCAUCCGCAGCCAGCCGUCAGGCACCAUCAACGGCCACCUGCGUGUGACUGUGCAGGGCGAGAUCAUUGAGCAGCAGUUCGGCGAGAAGGAGGUGUGCUUCAGGACACUGGACCUGUACACCAGUGCGGUGCUGGAGGCGGCGCUGGACCCCCCUCCCGCCCCCGCGCAGGAGUGGCGCGACCUGAUGAGCCUGCUGGCCACCGAGAGCUGCGACAUGUAUCGCUCGGUGGUGUACCGCACCCCCGAGUUUUAUGACUACUUCAUGCAGUCCACGGCCGCCAGCGAGCUGGGCCGCCUCAACAUCGGCUCCCGCCCCAGCAGCCGCAAGAGCGGCGGCAUUGAGACGCUGCGCGCCAUCCCCUGGAUCUUCGCCUGGACUCAGCAGCGCCUGCACCUGCCCGUGUGGCUGGGCAUCGGCGAGGCGCUGGAGGCGGCCAUCGACAAGGGCUACGGCCCCGUGCUCCAGGACAUGUACGCCAACUGGCCCUUCUUCACCUCCACCCUGGACCUGGUGGAGAUGGUGCUGGCCAAGGCCGACAGCAGGCUGUCGGCCUUCUACGAGCGCACGCUGGUGGACAGCUCGCUGGCGCCACUGGGGCAGCGCCUGCGCGAGCUGCUGGCCAAGACGCAGCAGAACAUUCUGAUUGUGGUGCGCAAGUCGGUGCUGCUGGAGGGCAACACGCCCAGCCAGAUGUCCACGCCCAACCUGGACGAGAAGAUCCGCCUGCGCUCGCCCUACGUGGCGCCGCUCAACGUGCUGCAGGCGCUGUCGUUGCAAGGGCUGCGCAAGUUCCGCGACGGCGGUGACACGGAGUACAACCCCAGCGACCCCGAGAUCAUCGACCUGCUCAGCCGCGACCCGCACAAGAAGGGCGAGGGCGCGCAGCACCCCUUCGUCAGCGCCAUGGACGACUGCCUCAUGAUCACCAUCAAGGGCAUCGCCGCGGGCAUGCAGAACACGGGGUAAAGCGGCGGCGGCGGCAGUCGUGGCGGCGGCGGCCGCCGCACAGGCUGCUGCGGCGGCGGUGGCGGCGGUGACGGCUGCGCUGUUGGGCCUGGCGUGGCGUACGGCUUGAGCCGCGGGCUGGGUGCGGACCUGUGUGGAGCUGCACCAUGCGGCCAUGGCGAAACGCGUUUACUGGUGAUGGAUAAGAUCGUUUUGCUCGCGUUUGCUGCGUCGCUGGAAGAGCAGGACGCGCGUCAUGUGCAUGGUCGCAGUGUUUGGCAGCGAAGAAUGCGGUAGGGGUGAAUAACUUCCAAUAGAGAGAUUUGUGUUUGCUGUCUGAGUGUUUUGGAAUCUGGAGGCGUUGUGCAAGUGCCGCAGGGAUUGCCGCGGAAGCCUGGGCCGUCAUCACACACUCCUGUGUGUUAGGUCAGCACAACAGAGAAUGGGUCGUGCCUGUGUGUACUUACUGUGUGUCCAGAUGCUGGUGAGAUCUACCUAUCCCUUCGUACGCACCGAGUUGCCUGUCGGGCUGUCGGUGCUAGGGCGUGAAUACGGGGCGCUUCAGGUUGGAUUUGGAUGGAAUGCUUGCUUGUAGGGAGGGAGGUUCCGGAAUAUCAUUCGGGGAAUGGGUUUGGAAUAUCAUUCGGUGAGUACACAUGAUGAGUAAAGGAGCAUGGCUUUGAGGCGAGCGGGGUGGCGUGCCUGCAGUGUGUGUUCAUGCAUUCGGGUGGGGCCUCUGGUGCGAUAGCAAGACCGCGUGGACUGCGGUUAUGUGCAUGAACUGGAAAUGCUGUGUUCCUUAGAAGGCUCAUGGUUGCCUGUCCGUCUGAUGGGGAGGGCCAGAAGCACUCGCUGGCAGGGUUGGAUAUUAUCUGGACGGGCCCCGGGCUGGCGAACAGAGGCGAACCAGGGGAGGCCCUGGUGGCAAACGAAGUGGCAAUUCCGUCAUUCCGCACACCAUCAAUGCCACGCCGGGCUCUUUGUCAUGCUUGUAGUUGGGCUUGCCAGAGGAAUGUGCCUGCUAACAGGGGGGGGGUAGUUUCGACUGGAAAAGGCCCCAUGUUCUAAAACGAAAGAGCUUGACGAGAGGACUCCAAAUCCACUUUCAGAGUUUCAAUCAGGGUAGUAAUUGCAAAGUUAUGGGCCCUCAAAGUUCAGGGUCGGUCGUCGGGGCUGGGGGUCCCCAAGGUUUCGUCACGCAGAUGUGGGUGGGACUGCCAGGUUUCGUCUCUGCGCCCUAAACGCCCCUCUAAACGCUCCGCCCAUUAGCACAAGCACUAGCACACAUUAGCAUGCACAUACUAAAGCAUUUGCAGAACGUUUGGUCUCUGGAAAGCGGCCGCAUGUCCGUCCACAUCGGCAUCGUAGUAGCGUAGAGCCCCACUCGAGCGUCUCUCACUGGUGUCAUGGAGACUAUGCGAACUGAUGCUAUCGUGUAACGGCCAAGGCUU